CAGUGGCUACGAUCUGAUAAGACUUACUGGACACUCAACAGGAAAAGCAAAACAGCUGGAACCAUGAAGUUGCUUAUUGCAGGAAUUGCUCUGUUCUUCAUUGUGGAAACCAAUGCAAGGUGGAUCAACUUUCCUAUAGAAGCCAUUCAAGGAGCUGGUGAUAUGGGGAGGGCAUACAUUGAUAUGAGGAAGGCCAACACGAUAGGCGCAGACAAAUACUUUCAUGCCAGAGGAAACGCUAAUGCUGCCAGCAGAGGAGAAGGAGGCAAAUGGGCAGCUGAGGUGAUCAGUAAUGGCAGAGAGUGGGUGCAGGAAAAAAUGGGUCAUGGUGCCGAAGACUCUGCUGCUGAUCAGAGGGCAAAUGAGCAUGGACGCAACGGAGGAGAUCCCAACGUUUUCAGACCAGCAGGACUUCCUCCACACUAUUCAUCUGAAAGUCAUGAGGAUGAAUAAAAGAACAAAAUUAUA